CACAAACACACAAACAAUAUGUACGUAGGGCCGCAUAUAGGAAUAGCUUUGCCAAGCCACAGUAUAAAUGGCCAAGCUCUGCGUAAAGCAUGUCGGAUCGUACGUGCGCACUUUUCGUUCAGUUUUUGUCUAAGAUUGUAUCGAGUUAUCGAUUACGCGCGCAAUUAAAUUCAGUUGUAAAUUAUAUAUCUCGUUACGUACGUUGAAUUACGCGAAAGAUGAGAGCGUGAUUAUAUAAAAAUUUACACGUCUUGACAAAUAUAAAAUGAUGUCCCAGAUCAAAGCAGUUCCACAUAACCUUAUUCAGUGGGAUCAGGGUGACGAAUCCCUGGCUCCGUUAACAGAAUGUCAAAAGGAUUGUCUAAUGAGUCUAGAAACCGUUGUGACUUCAUUUUUUCCGUUAUCGAAUCUACAAUCUAGUAUAAUAGAUAACAAUGAGAAGUUACAGGAGCAGAAUUUUCAAGAGAAUGUACCUCCGAUAGAAAGGUAUCAGGAGUUACUCCAGCAUUUCUUGUCCCUGGAAAGGAAGUAUAUAUCUAUGUACGAUAUGAAGUACAAUCUAUAUCUUGACGAACUGAAAUCGAGGAAAUCCGAAUGCCAAGAUGUUUGUGUUCAGAUAGAAGAGGCAUUAGAUGAUUUCUCUGCACUUUAUAAACAAUAUACCGAAGUUUCCUGCAAGACUACUUCUCUGUAUGAGGCCAGCGAGCAACUUAUCUUUGAUCAAAAACAGUUAAAUAUAACGAUCGAUGGCAUUAUGGAAUAUGUUAAAUACUUCAAGGAAAUUGAUGUGAUCAUAGAAAAGCUAGAUGCAUCUACCUUAUCAGUAAACAGUGAAAUGUUUUUCACUAUAUUAGACAAAAUUGACACAAACAUAGACUUUAUGCAGAACAACUCAUCAUACAAUGAAAGUGGAAUUUAUUUAGUGAGAUAUAGGCAUUGUCAAUCAAAGGCGAUUGCAUUGAUACAGAAUUACAUUUUCAACUUGUUCUCUAAAACCACUGAAAGCAUUUUAAAUUUGAGAGAUAGCGAAAACUCAUCGGAAAAUGCAGACACAGCUCUUGCUUUAUUCUAUGGUAGAUUUCAGACAAUUUUAUCCAAGACGAGGCCAGUUAUCAAGCAGAUUGAAAGCAAAUCAUACAAAAGACAAGAGUAUGAUAGCUUGUUGCUUGAAUGCCAUCAAUAUUAUUGGAACCAGCGAGGCUUAGUGCUAGGUAAAAGUAUACAAAAAUCCCUGAAUUCUAUAAGGGAGAAGUAUAACGGCGAUCACUGCAGUUUAGUGCGACAUUCUUGUGCAUUACUCUUACAUGCGUCAAUAGAUGAACAUAAACUUUUUUACGAGUUCUUUUCAAAACAAUCAAGUGGAUUGACUACAUAUUUGGAGAGUUUGUGCACUUCUCUGUACGAUGCCCUAAGACCUUUCAUAAUACAUAUCAAUCAUCUCGAAACAUUAGCCGAGAUCUGUUGCAUUCUACGAAUAGAGAUGCUAGACGAAUAUGUACAAAACAAUCUCGAACCAUUAGAAGGCUUUGGAAACAUAUGUCUGCAGUUGUUGCACGAUGUUCAAGAGAGAUUAGUAUUUCGUGCGCACUUAUAUCUUCAGUCCGAUGUAUUGAAUUACAAUCCUUCAUCAGGCGACUUGGCAUAUCCAGAAAAACUAAAAAUGAUGGAGGACAUAGCGGAAUCGAUUAGGGAAGCGACUCGUCAAACUCGCAUGAAAAAGAUUUCAGUAUCAUCGUCCACUGACGGUUCUGCUCUGGAACCCGUUUCUCGAAAUCAUAUAGUUAUCGAUUCCAUUUAUCAGAAAACACACAUGGGUAAUUCUCCAGCGGACUUACAUGCUAUGUGGUAUCCCACAGUUCGCAGAACUUUAGUAUGUCUGUCGAGACUAUACCGUUGUGUCGAUAGAUCUGUAUUCCAAUCAUUAAGCCAGGAAGCUAUUUCUCUUUGCGUUCAGAGUAUUGAGAAUGCCAGACAGGAAAUUGAGAAGAGAACAGGCACUUUGGAUGCAGAAUUAUUUCAGAUAAAGCACUUGCUUAUUCUUAGAGAGCAAAUCGCUCCGUUCCAAGUAGAUUUCACUAUCAAGGAAUAUAGUUUGGACUUUUCCAAAGUGAAGACCGCUGCAUUUGGACUGCUUGAAAAGAGUUCUAGGUUCUUUACUUUGUCAAACAAUGCAUUACUACAAUUUCUUUUGGAAGGUGCGCCACAAAUGAAGGAGCAACUUAUCGAUUCACGAAAGCACGUAGACGCAAAAUUGAGACUUACGUGUCAACGAUUAAUACAACAUGCAACUUUUCUAUUAAUUUAUCCUAUUAUUAAGUUAUUGGAGAAAGAAAAAUUGCUUGACGCAAACUCAAGUCCAGAAAAUGCAUUAGGAAGUGCGCAAGAAAUAGCAAGUACAGUAGCCGAUGUAUUGAGGGUAAUCAAAUUCAAAUGUCCUGAGAUACAGCAAUCGAUGCAAUUGUAUUUGGCGAAUAAGGAAACUGAAUUCAUUCUGUUUAAGCCGGUGAAAAAUAACAUUUGCGCCGCGUUCACUCAAUUGCAUCAAAUAUUGAAUAAGCAUUAUAAUGAUGAAAACCUUUUGUUGAUCGCGUGUCCUUUGCCGGAACAAAUUUCUGUUAUGUUGAGUUCAACAACGCUAGUUCAAGGAAAAUCAAAUCGAGAAUCGCAAUCAGUUUCGAAACAGUCGCAUUCAUAUACAAAAUUAGAAGAUUGAAUAUCAUUUGUUGAUUGAAUAAUACUUAUUAUUUUCAAGAAUUAAUUGUUGGAUAUAUGUGUAAGAUAUUAAUACAACUUUUGAUUAAAAAAUAUGCAAAAA